CACUACUUUUGAGUUCUGCUUUGAUGGUGCCACGAGGAUCAGAAACUAAAGAGAUUCAAAGCAAGAAUGAAUACAAUACUGAGUGCAGGCUUAAAGAGUCUAUCUUCCUGUAAGUGAUGCUUGUGAGCAGCACUAUUACAGUAUUUAUUGUUCUCCAACAUAAUUAUAACAAAUUGUUGUCCCUUGUUUCAGGUGUGUUGUCAGAUGAGGCUGUGUGGUGAGUAGCUCUAUCACAAGUCAGUGGAGGACCAGGAGAGGAGCAUCCUAGAGAAUGCUGUAGGUUCAUACCAUAAGAUCGCGACACUUUUUAAUAAUUACGAAGCCAGAGGUCGCAUCUUUUGGAGGUUGAAAAAUUAUAUUGAAGCCCUGGUGUCGCAUAUUUAGAGGGUCUCAUCUAAUUGGAGGUAUCUUUACAGAGUCUACUUGCCUCGAUUUCAGGCCGCUUAAAAAAACUGAUUUUCCAGUAGGCUACAAUCGAGGCUAGGGAGUGGCUACAUUUUUAUACCUCUAUUUAGAACGCGACAUUAUAAAAUAAUUAUCAACGUAGCUACUUUUAGAGAUCAGAAAAUUGCUGAAGCUCCCAUAUGUCGCAUAUUUGGAGGGUCGCCUUAAAUCGAGGUCUUACGGUAGUAUAAUUUUAUAUAAAAAAAAAUUAUAAUUAUUAUGGCUGUUCAACAAUCCCUAUAAUUACUCUAUACAUUUGUCCAUCUUGAGAGCAGUGAAAACUCAUCUAAAGACAUUUGUAUUUGAGGGCACUACUCUGAACCUGCGUCCAUCGUGCUUUGUCUGCAUCACCAUGAACCAUGAACCCAGGUUAUGCUGGCCGCUCUGAACUACCAGACAAUCUAAAGGUGUUGUUUCGUACAGUGGCCAUGAUGGUGCCAGACUAUGCCAUGAUUGGAGAGAUCUCUCUCUACUCUUAUGGUUUUAUGGAUGCUCGUAAUCUGGCCGUCAAGAUUGUUAUGACCUAUCGACUGUGUUCAGAGCAACUCUCCAGCCAACUCCAUUCUGACUAUGGCAUGCGUGCAGUCCAGUCAGUGUUGGUGGCAGCCGGUCAUCUGAAACUGAAGUACCCUAACGAACAUGAAGACGUGUUACUGCUCAGAUCCAUCAUGGACGUCAACCUACCCAAGGCAAGACCAAGGUCCUAGAGGUACAUGUACUAGCUGACACACUCACACUAAUCAAUGAGAGGGGACAGAUGGAAGAGAACAAGACAGGUUAUAGAGUCAUCAACCCCAAGGCUGUCACUAAGGGUCAACUGUUUGGUACCCUGUGUCACACGAGUGGACUGAUGGUGUGGUAGCCAACACAUUCAGGUGAGCCUAAGCGUGUGCAUAUAUAGUUGCGCUCUAUUGUAACAAAAGCACAAGGCUAUAGCUUUUCAACAAUUCAGCUGUUUUUGGUAGCCUGUAAUUUUUGUCAAAUCUCCCUUUGAAAUAGCUAUAUGGUAUUGAUGAGUGUGUGCUGAUUGGUAGCAAUGUGUUGUUGUUAGUUUGUUUGUUUGUGUAUUGUUGUAGCACACGCUAAUUGUGCGUAUUGUCCGACUAGCUGUUCAUGCGUGUGUGUAUACCUAGUUAUAGGUUGCUAUUGCAUUGCUUGUUCCUAGGACAACUUGUCUCUAAUGUAGCGUAUACGCUGGGUAAAAACAGACUCUUUUGGUUGUUAGCCUUGUGUCUCCAUUGUACAUGUAUCUAUUGUAUCCAUUGGAGACUUGAUACUUUAAUCAACUCAAUUUGGUUGUAGGCUACACUUGACCUCUGACCUCCAGUCAGCACACACUGCUAUUUGGUGCAGCUUUAGCUUCCCUGUUUUACAAGCUACAAGUUUCAUGAGUCCCUUUUGUGAACCCAACAACUACUGUUACUUCCUUAUAAGGCUUAUUAGUUACCACAACAUGUUCAGGGAAGCCUAACAACUUCUCUACGUGCAGAAACUGUCUAAAAACUCGAUGUCCCUUUUAAUUUAAUUUUUUUACCAGCCUGCCUGUUUCUGGGUCAAUCCUCGAAAACCUCGAAAAUUUCGUGCCUCUAAAAUAACCAGCUAUUAAAACCAUCUAAAACCUCCCUCUUAAUUUUUAUUUUUUACUGGUCCAUGAAUUUUUGAUGAAAAUCUGUCAUAUAAUUGGUAACCUUCACACACUCCACACACCCCCACACACACUCCACACACCCUCACACUCAACACAU